AUGGCCCCCGCGGGCCCCAACGUCGACGCCGGCAGCAUCUGCACCACGCCGGCAUGUAUCGAGAUCGCAUCCGAUAUUCUUCUUAGUCUUGCGCCCAACUACACAAAUAUCGAUCCGUGCACAGACUUUGACCAGCUGGCAUGCGCAGGCUGGAACUCGAAGCACGCCCCGGGUGCUGGCCAGAACAAGGCCUCCACACUGGGCGAGGUCAGCAAGACCGUCUCGGUCAUACUCAAGGACAUCCUGGAGAGUCCGUACCCCACCGGACCCGACGCCGGCUUUCUGACGGCCUCCCUGUCCAAGGAGCAGGUCAGCCUCGACCAAGACAAUUUCAACCUCAUCGUCACCACGUACAAUGCCUGCCUGAACAACACCGUCGUCGAGGCGGCCGGCCUGCGCCCGCUGAUGAGCCUCAUCGACCGCGUCGCUGCGGCGUUCCCAGUCGCCAACACGACGGAGGACAGGGGACGCAAGGUGUCAAAGGGUGAUGCCGAGAACAUGGGGAAUACCCUGCUGCUCUUUAGUCAGCAUGGCCUCUCGACUUUCGAGAGCAUCGAUGUCACCUUUGAAGACCUGAAUCCGAACAAAACGAUCCUCUCGGUCCUCCCCGGCGGCAGUCCGUUGAUCUCCAGGUCGCAAUCGCGCAACGAUGACACGGUCAAAGAGUACGUGCGUGUUGUGGCGGGGGUCCUCCGAGAGGUGCAUCCCAACAAGCCCACUCUCAGUGACGCUCAGAGACUUGCAGUCGAUGUUAUCAAGUUUGAGAGGGAAGCGUCCGCCUUGAAGUCCACAGACGACAGUCGCGAAGGCGACGAUGACUACUCGCCCAGCAAGAGGUUCAAGUUGGAGCAGGUCACUAGCGUGGCGCCCGAGCUCAACCACGACUUUGUCCUCAAGAACCUGAUGCCCGCCGACUACGACCCUGAGGCGCUGUACUUCUCGCCCGCGUACUUUGGAAACCUCUCGCAGCUCCUCGCCAACACCACCGUGGAGACGGUCCAGGGCUUCUUCAUGUGGAAGGCUGCCGCCGCCUUUUCCCCAUACGUCGAGUCCCCGCCCACGAGGCGGCUGAGCGACUUCAAGUCCAUGCUCCGCGCCGCGGACCCGGCGCGGGUCGGCAGGCCGGCGAGGUGGGAGGAGUGCGUCCACCACGUCGACGAGGGCGUCCCCUGGAGCAGCGUGCCCAAGGGCCUGGGCUGGAUCCUCAGCCGGUUCUACCUCGACAGGGCGUACUCGAAGGAGGCCCGCGAGCUCGCCACGAACAUGAUGGGCACCAUCCAGCAGGCCUUCAUCUCCCGCAUCGGCGAGAAGGACUGGCUCUCGUCCGAUGUCAAGAAGGCGGCCGAGGAGAAGGUCAAGGCCAUCACGAGGAAGAUCGGGUACCCGGAGCUGUCGCCCGACACGGCCAACCCCCGCAGCCUCGCCGACUACUUCUCCGGCCUCAAAAUCGGCGACGGCUACUUCGACAACGCCGUCGCCUUCGCCACCUUCGCCAGCAAGCAGGUGUUUGCGCAGCUCGGCAAGCCCAGCGACAGGGGGCUGUGGCUCCAGACGCCGUCCACGACCAACGCGUACUACUACGCCACCUACAACGACAUUGUCAUCAGCGCCGGCAUCCAGCAGCAGCCUGUCUACAGCGUCGAGUACCCCUCGUACGUCAACUACGGCAGCCUCGGCUCCAUCCUCGGGCACGAGCUCACGCACGGCUUCGACAAUAACGGCCACAACUACGCCGCCAACGGCUCCCUCGCCAACUGGUGGGACGACAAGAGCCUCGAGGCCUUCAACAACCGCACAAAGUGCUUCGUCGACCAGUACCAGAACUUCUCCGUCACGGCGCCCAAUGGCACGCAGGUGCCCGUCCGCGGCAACUUCACCCUCGGCGAGAACAUUGCCGACGCCGGCGGCGUCUCGACGAGCUACACGGCGUGGAAGAAGCUGCAGGGCACCAUGGACGCCAAGGACGGGGACCUGCCGGGCCUGCAGAGGUUCUCGCACGACCAGCUCUUCUUCCUCAGGUGGGCCCAGACCUGGUGCAGCAAGUCGUCCUCCAAGGAAUACGACGUCUACCUCCUCGGCACCGACGUCCACUCCCCCGGCUUCGCCCGCAUCAAGGGGCCGCUGGACAACUCGAAGGACUUCCGCAGCGCCUUCAACUGCCCCCAGAAGCAGCCGACGUGCGAGCUCUGGUAG